AGCAGGCUGCCGAGCGCGCUGCUCUCCUCCGUGCGUUUUGUUUCCCUCUCACACACAAAGUACCCGAAAAGCACCGAUCCGUUUCCGAGCCAAACCAAGCCAAGCCGAGCCACAGCGUGCGUCUGCGCCCCGCAAACUCAACCACCCCCCGCCUCCACCACCGCCACCACUCCCACCCUCGCCUUCACCGUCUCCCACCGCCGUCUCUCUGGCAAUGGAUCCGUAAGCAGCCUCUGUGUGCUUAACUGAGCCGAGCGUGUGAACCAGCAGCGGAUCCGCGGAGACAGCUGAGACCAAGCGGCUAUGGAGGAGCAGCGCAGGGAGGCUGGAGUCUAGACUGCACGCAAAUCAACAAGACCCACUCAUCCGGAUUACUUUUUGCAACAUUUUUGAACUCUAGAGUCACUGUUAGACCCGGGGAUUUCGUUUUUAUUUUCUCUGCUGAUCAUCUCCUAUCAUUUGCACGGCGAGGAUGCAGGGGAAGGAGGCGAGCGUGUUUUGCACGGGAUGCUGGAGACUAACGCUGCUGUCGUUCGUCCUGGUUCUGCACUUGAUCCCACUGAGUGUGCACGGAACCACUGUUGGGACCAACGCCACUGAGACGGCGAGUGUGGCCAAUGCUACCUCGCUGCUUAACGAGGAGGAGGGGCCUGACAAGGUCAAUGGAGUUAGUGUCUCAGCCAAUCCUGACGCGGUCAGCACUGUGACCCCGAGGGCGGGCCGGAUGCCCCGCGCAGGCGAGGAGGAGGAUCAGAGCAGUGGCAUGUUCGGUGAAUCGGUGGUUCCCGCGGUGGAGGAGGUGGGAGUGGCGGCUCCACCUCGGCUCAGCCCUGAUUCUGCUGAGACGGAGCACCUGUUACCCGGCAGCCCACGCGAAUCGGAGGUGUUGGAGGUUGAGGAAGAGGAGGAGGAGGAGCGUCUUCCACACACUGACCCGCCUUGGAUUCACGCCAAGGACACAGCCGUGUUUGACCUGGAUCGCCUCUUCACCACCACUGCCCCUCCUGCCACCAACCCCUCCAACCCUGACAUCCUCCACGUGGACUUUUUCGACCCUUCCUCCCGUGGGCGCAGCCUCGACCUGGCCCCACCCUCUCCUUCAUCACUGGCCCAUGAGCUGCAGGCUGGAGAUCCUACCUCCUGGGCGAUGCCGGACAACUACGACUACCUCACCCCGUACGAGGAUGGCGUGUCCCCGACUGCUGACGAGUACACCUACAGCACAACCACCGACGCCUACGAGACGGAUGAAGACCUCCGGCUCGCUGCUGGGUCUCCUGCUCGCUCCAAGCCCAGGGCCCCUGGUUCGGGCUCAUUCAACCCAGGGGCGGCACUUCCUGGUGCAGGGGCUCCAGUUCCAAACAUCCCUGUGGGGGCCCCUCCAGCAGCUGCACCGGUGGACGGGUCAGAUGGGAUGGGCGGAUGCCGCGUUGGCUAUCAGAUGGUCAACGGAAGCUGCCGCUCGCCCUGCGACAUGCUGCCAAACUACUGCUUCAAUAAUGGACAGUGUUACCUGCUGGAGGGCAUGGGAGUCUUCUGCAGAUGUAACGUCCAGGAUUACAUCUGGCACAAGGGUGCUCGCUGUGAGUCCGUGGUGACCGAGUUCCAGGUGAUGUGUCUGGCCGUGGGCGCUUCGGCUCUGGUGGUCCUGCUGCUCUUCAUGAUCAUCGUGUGCUUCGCCAAAAAGCUCCAUGUGCUCAAGACGGAGAACAAGAAGCUGCGCAAACGCAGCAGUAAGUACCGGCCAACAUCGGAGACGCACAAUGAUAAUUUCUCGCUGUCCACCAUCGCUGAGGGCUCCCACCCAAAUGUAAGGAAACUGUGCGACACCCCUCCUAACGUCCCUCAUGCCCGUGCAUUGGCUUACUAUGAUAACAUUAUCUGUCAGGAUGAUCCUAACUCCCAGAACAAGCUGGAGGACCCGGUGAAGGCCUCGCCCAAGGAGGACGACUCCCUCAACAUCCACAACUCUCUGACCCCCAAACACGAGAACCACAAGGUCCUGGGCGAGGAGAACUCCUCGGAGGUAAACUCACUGCAGAACAACAUGAUGUGAAAACACAAAACAAAAAACGACCCCAGCAACCCCCGGCAACACGACAACGGAAAAAAACGUCAAGGUGCGCCGGCAACAGAAGCCCCCUCGAAACCCCUCCCCCCCCCCCCUGCUCUCUGCUGUUUCGCUGCCGAGUGCGCCUAACCGGUCAACCAACAACCAACAAACCAGCCUGUCAACAAACCAGCCAACCAACCCAGUCUGCAACCGUCUCCGACACGGCAACACUGCCACCGAGCGGCCUCUACCGCUGCAAAAAAACGUACACCACCACCACUACCACCGCCGCCGCCACCACUGCCCCAGCUGAGAGUAACACCCUCCACAAGCCUCACCCUGCCGCCGCCCUGCAAACCCCUCCCCUUUCCCCUCUUUAACAUCCAAUCACAUCCCUGUUUCGCAGCCCCGCCCCCUUGUUGCUGUCACUCUACUCUCCCUUAUCUCUCUUCCUUGCACACACACACACACACACACACACACACACACACACACACACA